AUGUCGAGCCUGCUACUCGCAUUACAAGAUGUCAUUGGACCAACCGAAAGCCAUACGUCGCCACCAUCCCCUCAUGACUAUCGCCCGGGCGAGGUCGAGUGGUCAUCGCCUACAUACCCCGAUGUAUUUAACGCGGGAAAUGGAGUGCGACGGGAAACCGCGUCUAGAUAUCGUUGGAACGAACUGGGCCAAGACGAGACCUCCUUGCCGCCGUCCCCAUCCAACUCCGAUCACGUGCCUGAGCAAGACGAUGAGGAAAUGACAGCCCGUCAGAAUCCCAUCCGGCACCGGGACCAGGUGGACCUAGAAACGGGUGAACAGGAAAUAGAGCCCCCUUCUCAGCAGGUUACCCAUAGCAGCAAACAUUCAUUCGACCUUCUCUCCCCGGUCGACCUGUCCUGCGGUCCGCCUAUCCCUUUCCCUCCAUACGAAUUCGAUGGCUCAAUCCACCGUGAAGAUUCUAUCGACUCCGGGUAUGCUGAUAGCUGGGUUGGACCAUCUCCUUUUGUCUUGUCUCCCCCAAGGCCGUACAGACCUACGUCCACUCUGGAUCUGCUCGCCUCUCCAUUUGGUUCUCCGUCAGUUCGGGUUCUGUCACCUAAGUUGGCCGCAUUUGCUCCUUCAAGUCCAGUACCAUCCCCCACACUUGCCCCGAAUCCUACUAGAAGUGAUAGCAUCGACGAUGUCUCACCUGUUCCUUUCACUCUCGAAUCGCCCGUCGACGUCGGGGAAGCGGAGAUACCUCCUCCAAAGAGACUAUCGGCUCUCGUGUCUUUGCCUGAUUUUCACGAGCUUUCCCUUGGUGCAGGUACGGUUCCUCACCGCGAUGUGCCCCCUCCCAUUUUGGAGUCUGCCUACACAUCACUGCAAGCCUCACCAGCGCACCGUCAGUCCAAGCCGGUAGUACAUGAGAUGACAGAUCUCGAUAUAAUUGGUAGCCAAGAAGAGGAAGACUCGUGGGACGACAUGGAUGCGUCUUUCAAUUCUGAGGAUCCUCGGCAUGAGAGGCUUUCGUUCCCCUUACCUCCACCCGAGCUACCAUCUUCAACCAGCCCUCCUUUGGAAGUCGACGCCUCGAAUCCGAUAGAUGUCAAAAUUUUCCAAUCUGCGGAGAAUUCUUCUACGGCUCAAGCGUCUCCGACGAGUCCUUCAUUGGAAGUAGCUGCAUCGAUCUCAUCAGGUGUUGAGAGUUCUCAGCCUGUGGAUAAUCUUCCACUUUCCCCACGCUCAUCCCUUCGAGCUGCUCUCAAGGAAUAUAUGAUCGCUCACCCUACUUCCGCAUCAGAGACAAUAGAUGCGACAGCUGUUGGGGAUGCUCUCACUAUAGCAUCGUCUGUUACAUCUACUCCGACUCGAGGGCGCGCGGUUUCUGCUGUCUCGGAUUUGACGGUCAGAGCUGCACGGUCAGAAUCGGAUACAACGCCAGAAUAUAUUGGACACUUAGACCCUAACUCUCCGGUCGUCGCCCUAACGAGCUGGAUGGAUGAUGCUCAGGAAGUGACACAAGGCAUUCCUGUCCAACCCACAAAUUCACCAGAACAGUCAGUUGGUUUCAGUCCAAUGUCGAAUGAUGACAUGUUCCAGUUGAUGUACGACGCGUAUACGUCGUCGCCCGAAGAGCCUAAUGCUGGGUUAUCUCACAUAACACUGGACAGUCCCACGCUUCGAAUCGGAGAAGUGAAGCUGACCUCGCUAUCUCACUCUCACGACUCGAGCUCAAGUUCGCCAAUGCAAGGUCGAUCGUCCAUUCAGCACACACUUCGUUCGCCCGCCUCUUCUCCUACACUCUCCGAUGCUCGAGGAUCGAGAAGCCAUAAUUCAAGCGCAUCUCUAUCGCAGGUUGUAGCACAACAGAUGUCACCGAGCAGCCCUGCGACUCGUACAGAGAUGACAGCCUCAUCAUCGUCCCCUGACCACAUGUCCUCUCGUUCAUCUUUUCCGCGACAGACCCGCUCGUCUAUCCGUUCGUUUGCCUCCUCACCGGUACUCUUUGAUUCUCAUCGCUUGAGCCAACGCGCGAGAGAUUCGGCGCAGCCUCCAUCGCCAAAGGACAAAGCAGUAGAUCACUCGUCUUGGACAUCUCAUAUUUCUUCGGAUAGCCCUACAGCUAGUAUGAGUGAACAGGCAGCCCUUUUAUCUCCCCUUGCUCGUGAGUUCUCUCGGUCUUCUGUUAAGCCUCAGCCUCUUUCGCCCACUAGCGCUAUUCCACCACUCGUUCGAAAUGAUUUUCGACGCGCGAGUCCACAGACAAGGAGCUCGGUUUAUGACGCGAAAUCUUCAUGGCCACAGGAGGUUACAGUGAAUAGGUCUUCUUGGGCAUCCCACAUUUCCCUGGACAGUCCCACUGCUAGUAUGAGUGAACGGACAGCCCUUUCAUCUCCCCUUGCUCGCGAGUUCUCUCGGUCUUCUGUUAAGCCCCAGCUUCCUUCGCCCACCAGCGCUGUUCCACCGCCCGUUCGAACUGGUUUCCGCCGCGCGAGUCCGCAGACAAGGAGCUCGGUGUACGACGCGGAGUCUUCGUCGCCACAGGAAAUUUCAGUGAAUAUGUCUUCUUGGGCAUCCCAAAUCUCCUUGGACAGUCCUACAGCUAGUAUGAGUGAACAGAUAGCCCUUUCAUCUUCAUCUCCCCUUGCUCGCGAGUUCUCUCGGUCUUCUGUUAAGCCCCAGCUUCCUUCGCCCACCAGCGCUGUUCCACCGCCCGUUCGAACUGAUUUCCGCCGCGCGAGUCCGCAGACAAGGAGCUCGGUGUACGACGCGGAGUCUUCGUCGCCACAAGAGGUUACAGUGAAUAGGUCUUCUUGGACAUCCCACAUUUCCUUGGACAGUCCUACAGCUCCUAUAAGUGAACCGACACCUUUUGUUUCAUCGUCUCCUUCCUCCUGCUCACCUGCUCAAAGCUACUCCCGUUCACUUGCAUCUCCACCUGCUCUCCCCGAUUUCCAUAGCCUGAAGCGGACUUCCAGAAGCUCACUACAGGACACGUAUCAUACUUCGCAGCAGCAGGAGAUUUUGAAACGGACGACGCUGAGCAGUGCUGCUGCUCGCAGGAGCGAACAUUUUGAUUCGCAUCACUCAAGUCUAGGUGCUGGAAACUCUUUGUAUGAUGCGCACACGCUGUCGCCAAACGAGGCUGUAGCUAAACGAAUGUCAUGGGCCUCUCAUAUCUCACUGGACAGUCCCGCAGCUCAUGUAGGCGAAUUGAGCACAUCACGAUCCUCGUCUCUUUCCAUUGAGAUAAGGUCUCGUUCUCCUAUUCAAUAUAACUCCCACCCAUUCUUAUCUUCUCUUGCACUCUCCAACCUUCGCAGCCCAAGUUCCCACACAUUCAAUCCCCUGUUCAAGUCCCCCCUCUCAGCCGACUCCCCUGAUCGCAUGUCGUUUGCUAGUCCACGGGAAGCAUUGUUCACGCAGCCACCUGUACCGUCUACUGUAAAACCCGCCAGAGCAUCUUCGUCGGCGUCUCCGGUCUCUCUACACCAUGCCCGCGAAACCAUGGGCGUUCCUGCAUCAAGCCAGCGCAAGGGGAAGGAGAAGGCGGAUCUCGAUGUUCGUUCAUCUAGUCGUUCAUCUAUACAAAGCACGGGAACAGACGCUGAGGAGACGAAGUGGAACAGGAUGUCAAGGGGUGGAAAGGUUCCGUUUGGUUUCAGACGAUCGUUUCAGGGUCGUGCUAUCAAUACUCAAGCUAGACCGACAGGGCGUACCCGACCUAAUAUCUCAACUAAUGCUUACACUUCCCCUUCUAGAGCAGAUUCUCAGUCUCCCCUGAGCGGGCAACAUCAUUCUCCGGCAGAAUCUCUGCCCAGUUCUGGUGGGAUUAGACCGCUUCGUCUUUCGCGCAUAUUAACUUCUUCACCUCUACAUAGUGCCCCUUUACCGUCCAGUCUGCGGUCUAGUCUUACUUCCUCGGUCGGACAUCAUUCGCAAGCAUCCGUUUCCUCUCAUAGUGUAUCAUCAAGGCAAUCCAUUUCACAAAAUCCUCUGCUUUCAUCUGUUCAUUCUUCAACAAUACCGGGACGUAUCCGAGAUACCCUAAUUUCUACUCACAGCGACUCAACACUCCCGCUUGCAUCUAAUCGUUCAUCGUUGCAUCGUUCCUCCAUCCAGAUAGAAUCGCAAUCUGCACCCAUAUCGCAUUCACAGUCAUGGCGCAAAUCUGUUAUCUCAGACCUUUCCAAUUCCGACGGUCACUCGCAGGCAUAUACUCACGAUGAAUAUUCUCGUACUGAUAGUCGACUCUCUGAGCCCGUCAUGGGCGCCCAUGGCGGGGACGACGUCAACGACUACCGUGACCUCGAUGACGAUGUCUAUGAUCACACUAUCCGCAAUCCCAUCCGUCCACAAAGUGUCAUCCC